UAUCUGAUUGUCGUGUCAGCAUCAUCAAAGCAGAGUGAUGAUACUACUUGCAGCUAUAUGGAUAUGACAAGUGAUAUCCAAAUAAAACCGUCAAUACUGAAACCGAUAGCACGGGAAAUUCCAGCAAAUAAGCCGUUCAGAUGUCAGCUAUGCGGAAAAUCGUUCUCUCAAGCUGCGAAUCUGACUGCUCACAAACGGGUCCAUACUGGUGAAAGACCCUUUUCCUGUCUCAUAUGCAAUCGGCAAUUUUCACAAAGCUCGUCGCUCGUCACUCAUAGAAGAACUCACACCAACGAACGGCCGUACCAAUGCAGCCAUUGUGACAAGAAGUUCACCGACAGCUCCACAUUGACAAAACAUCUUCGAACGCAUACAGGUCAGAAGCCAUAUGGAUGUGAUAUCUGCUUUAUGCGCUUCACACAAUCCGGUAACCUUCAUCGACAUAUGAAGACGCAUAAAAAUCUUUGA